AUGGCCGCUGAACUCCAGCAAGCACUCUUAGAGGCAGGUGGUAGCACUUUUAUGUGCGACCUUUGUCGUCCUUCCAUCGAGGACAACGUACCUAUCUUGGGACUGCAGGAAGAGAAAGUCCAGGACCUUCCAAAUACCGAGAUCAGGAUGUCCAAUCGAUUAAGUGAUAUUGUCAAUGCCGCUAAUCAAUGUUGGGUUUGUGGAUGGUUGCUGCUCUUGUUCCGAAAUCGGUGUUCUGAGUCGUUCGCGGAAAUUCUCCCAGCUGAUUACGAACGUGUAUCGAUGGGAAUCGAGCCUCAUUACAUUCGUACUUCUGAGAAGGGCAGGGCGUCCGGAGACGUUCCCAAGGACCAGCGGGUUUUAAUUCUAAUCUCUGUCUAUCUCGAUCCGCGAGCCAUUUCUAGGAAGUUUGACUAUUUCCUGUACCUACAACAGAGUGACCAGCAAGCUAUACACCUCCCCGAUUUACUAGACCAGACGCACUCUCUGGAAUGGCCAGCACAUAAGCCGUAUGAAGCGCGUAUUCGGCCACAAGAGGCGGACCUGCGGUUGUGCAAACGGUGGAAGGACCAUUGUACCGAGUUCCACAACGGUAUCUGUGGUGACGAGAUCAAGGUACCCAGGAUAUCUACCAUCAGGUUAAUCGACGUGACGCUUAGAUGCAUUGUGGAUCUUCUAACAAACGUUCCCUGGGUAGCUCUGAGCUACUGCUGGGGAGGACCACAGGAACAUUCGCUGCGGAAAGACAAUCUUGCAGACUAUGGAACACCAGGAGCUCUGACUGAGGAAAGACUCCCUCCUGUGAUUUUCGAUGCAUUGAUAGCUACUAAUGCACUAGGUGAGCGCUACAUUUGGAUAGAUUCACUUGGCAUUGUUCAAGACGAUGAGCUAGACAAAGCGAGGUAUCUAUCUGUCAUGGAUGCGAUUUAUGCUCAUGCUGUCCUCACAAUCGUCAAUGCUGCUAGUGGUGAUACUUCAUCUGGUCUUCCCGGUAUUCGACAAUUUGUCCACCGCCGUACUCAACAACCGUUUGAACUCAACGGUGUCUGGCUCACUGAAUCACUUGAUCCCGGACCCAGCGACUAUGCCGGCUACCUUCAAAGAUGCAAAUGGAGCACAAGAGGCUGGACGUUCCAGGAGGGACUUCUCUCGAGGCGUUGCCUUAUUUUCACCGCGGACCAGAUAUACUGGCAAUGUCAGAAAUCAACCUGGUGUGAAGGUAGCUUUUGGGAACGCAUCGAUGAUCUCCAGGUCUACCGCCACUUUCACGGUCAAAACCUUCUCACCUCCCUUGCCGACCCCAUCAUUGAAAAUUGGGCCCCGCUCUUCAUUACUAUACUCCAAAAAUAUGCGCAGCGAGAAUUCACUUCCGAGGGCGAUGCUAUGCACGCUAUCGCUGGUGUUCUUCGAGUCCUGAACCAAUCUACCGGACAAGACCAUUUCUGGGGCCUCCCUGUAAAUGUCCUAGAACAUGCCCUCGCAUGGACUGCUUCCGGACCUCCAUCCCGAAGACAAUCUUAUCACAAAUACGUUAAUUCCAGAGGGAUACUCCUAUCCUGCCCCUUCCCUAGCUGGUCCUGGAUAGGCUGGCGCAGCAAUGGACUCGACCUACGCGCUCUCAAUCCCUCCGCCACAAUAGGAACUCUAGGCCUUCGCUUCUACCGCAUCGACGACCAUGGCAAUCCGACACCUCUCUUGAAAACCUGGCCACCUCCCGCCGAUGACACAACCUACGACGACACGCGCCAACUAACCCGGUACCCUCCCUCGGCCAUCCACCCCUGGCUGGACACCACUCGUCAGACUAUCACAUCUGCCGAUGUUCCACCCUUCCUUACUUCUUCUUCUGUCGUCCCAUCAUUGUUGUGCUUCUGGACGUCUGUUGCAGUGCUCCGCAUCGAACAGCGUGGCUGGAACGGGUAUUGGAAUGAACCAUUCAUCGUUUUAUGCGAUCCAGAUGGGGAUGUCGAAUUGACUGGCCGGUGGGCCCCUGGUGGAUUCGAGCGGAGGCCAGGGCGAGAACAAGAGCCAGAUGUUAGCCUCAACCUCCCGGAAUACGGGAAGUUUAUAGUCGUUGGAGCGACACGGCAAAGGAUGAGCCAUGGAGGACGGCUGACGCUGACACUUGUGAUGGUUGAGCCGAGGACGGGUGGUGAUGAGGCAGAAGCUGCGGCAAGUGUGGUGUGCAGGAGGCGGCAUCUGGUCAAGGAGGUUAUGGAGAGUCAGUGGGAGAGUUUGCAGGGGACGAAGAGGUGGGAGCUUGUGCUUUUGUCCUGA